GAUAUAUAUUCGCAACUUCAGCAUAAACUUAAAACAUCUUGGUACCAUAAAAUUGUGAAGUUCUACGAGACUAGUUUGAAUUUUCUCUGCUAUUCUCCAAAGUUCAAGACGUCCUGCAGUUAAAUGUUCGUAGUACUAGACAAACAAACGGUGGUUCUCCUGCCGUGAAGCAGUUAGUUGUAUAGUCAAUAGAUGGCUCUGCGGUAUACUUGUGUUUUGCAGGCCUUGCUACUCCUUCCUAGAUUGGGGUGAAAAAAGAGGAACACCACUCAGUUCGCAUCGUACGAAGAGUUACGCCAGCAGUUUUACAGUUUUACCGGGAGUGAUUAUUGCAGCCGUACCAUUUAUCCCGGUGACGUCAGCUGGCACUCAACGUCGCCAAAUACGACGGGUCCUAUCAUCAGAAAUUCCAAACGAUCAACACUGCACCAACCAAAACGAAACACAAAGAGCUUCCAAAAGCAACCAUGAAUGGGAGCUUUAGAUUCUUGUCUGGCAUAGCGCUGCUGAUGCUACUUGCUCUGGCGGCUCAGAGCACCACGACUGCCCCCAGAUGCGAUGUAAACGGUGGCACCUGUGUUCCCUGGGAUUCAUGCCACGGUCACGCUGAAAACUUACACUGCGAUGAUGAAAAUGAUAUCUGCUGCGUUUAUGAUGUUCGCUCUGAGACUAACCGCUCUAAUUAUGAUUGCGGUGGAAUACUUCCGCCUGAGCUCUGCCGAGUUGGUUAUGAUGGUGUUUGCCUGAGUAAGUGUGAGUCGGGAAGGGUUCCAGUAGGGUUCUGCAAUAAAGACUGCAAAUGCUGUGGCUGCCCGAUAUCUAACAAAUGCGAGGCAAACUCGGGCUAUUGCACUCCUCGAGAUUGCAAAUGUCGAGGUGUGAAGGUCUCCACGUGGUGUGGUGGAAAGAGAUGCACUUGCUGCUUACCAGACUGCCCAGAGAGCGAAAAGUGUAAAGCGAAGCAAGGAAAAUGCAGAAAGACCUGUCCUGAUGGAGAAAAGCCGAUGCCAGGAGUUAAUUGCCUUGGUGGCUGCAAAUGCUGUGUUCCAAAAUGCCCAGAGAGCGAAAAGUGUAAAGCGAAUCAAGGACAAUGCAGAAAGACCUGUCCUGGUGGAGAAGUGCCGAUGCCAGGAGUUGAGUGCCUUGGUGGCUACAAAUGUUGUGUUCCAAGUAAUUGCACUCAAAUACCUAUUCCUGAGGAAUGCAAACUUUAUGACGGAGUGUGCCACCGGGAAUGCAGAGAUGGCAGGAUUCCUACAGGGGUCUGCCGUGGAGACUGCAAGUGCUGUGGCUGCCCAAUAAAGGACGAGUGCAAAAAAAGAUCGGGCGUUUGUGUAGCAAGUCCUGACGUCUGUUAUGGUGAAAUAGUCCCCGAGUGGUGUGGUGGAGAGAGGUGUGUUUGCUGUUUACCUGGUUUAGUAGACUGCCCAAAGAGCGAAAAGUGUAAAGCGAAUCAAGGACAAUGCAGAAAGACCUGUCCUGUUGGAGAAGAGCCGAUGCCAGGAGUUGAGUGCCUUGGUGGCUGCAAAUGUUGUGUUCCAAGUAAUUGUACUAAAAUACCUAUUCCUGAGGUAUGCAAACUUUAUGAUGGAGUGUGCCACCGGGAAUGCAGAGAUGGCAGGAUUCCUACAGGGGUCUGCCGUGGAGACUGCAAGUGCUGUGGCUGCCCAAUAAAGGACGAGUGCAAAAUAAGAAAGGGCGUUUGCGUAGCGAGUCCUAAUGUCUGUAAUGGUGAAAUAGUCCCAGAGUGGUGUGGUGGAGAGAAGUGUGUUUGCUGUUUACCAGAUUCAGGCAAGUAGAAUCUGAAAGAGCGUGCUUUGACUCACCUUGGACCCAGAAACUUUUCCUGUACCCCAAAGGAACUGAUGAAAAUUGACGCCCACCUUUCGAACUCUGAUGUUAAGAUAAAAUUUAGCUCAUAAAAGCUCGAGUAAUAAUAUCCAUUGUCAACGAGCAUCAAUAUAUAUGAAUCUUGGUAUGUUUUAGGUUGAAGAAUAUUUAAUCAGGGUGUUGUUGCAUUAAACACCACUCAGCCUGCUUCUUAUAUACGCAGAAGUUGAGAUGAAUAAAUUGGUACUAAUAAUAAAGGA